CCACCCAUCUCAAGACCCGCCGCCCUUGCUCUUCGCUGCCCCUUCCUUCCUUCAUUUGCUCAGUCCAGCUUCGCUUGCCAUCUCGCUCUCUCCCUCUCGCGUUUGAAUCAUUCCUCGCUUCCUCGCUUGCUCGCACGCUCGCUAGCCUCCCCUGUAGCUCUCUCCUCCUGUUUACUACACCAACGCGUUUCUUAUCGAAAUCGUGUUACGGUUUUAGUGUAAUAGUUCGGUAAGGACAAGUUUCGUGGAGGAGGAGUAUCGUUCGUUCAAUUCCGGAAAUUAAAUGUUAAGAAGAGUCGGACGAGGGGUGGAAGCCAUCGUGGAGGAGGUUGUUGUGAUUUUGCGUAGAGGCGUUGGAGUUUUGGUGUUGGAGUGGAUCGAGGAGCGGGAGCGUGAGAGGGGGAAGCGUUGGAGUGGAGAGGGUUGGCCGUUUUAUUUGUAGAUUGUUGAUUGUUAACAGGUUGUGGUGUUUUUUAAGACGGUGGGAGGGGGGAGAGUGAGUGAGAGCAGUUAGCGAUGGCACAGAAUGCGAAGCCUCUUCCUCCGCAGCUCGACCAGAACAGCACCAAGGAGCUUAAUCUCACUGUCUUGCAGCGGACGGACCGGCAUGUGGAGGAUAUCUUGACCACUGCCGCUCAUGUCACCUUCUACCAGUUCAAUUCGGAUUCCAACCAAUGGAGUCGCAGGGAAGUGGAGGGUUCACUUUUUGUAGUGAAAAGGCGAUCCCAGCCACGGUUUCAGUUCAUAGUGAUGAAUCGACGAAGUACAGACAAUUUGGUGGAGAAUCUAUUGGGUGAUUUUGAGUUCGAGGUACAAACUCCGUACAUUCUGUACCGCAAUGCCAAUCAGGAAACAAAUGCUAUCUGGUUUUAUUCUGCGCGGGAGUGUGAAGAUGUUGCUAACCUUUUCCAGAGGAUCAUGAACGCCUUCUCAAAACUUCCUCCAAAACCAAGGUUAACUCCUCCAAGCUCAGAAUUUACGGAACUUGAGGCCGUUCCAACAUCAUCCCAUUUGGAAGGGCCAUUGGAGCGUGGUCCUCUCGCAUCUUCAGCUCUCCCUGAGACACAGGAUGAGUCAUUUGAGCGUUUCUUCCAUAACACAGUGCGCAGCACUACACCUGAUGCUAUUCCCACAACAGCGUCUCGUCCUCCUGCAGCUCAUUCAUUACAAUCGCGUACGGCUCCUGGAAUAGCUUCUCAUUCUCCAUUGCCUAUGCCAUCUAUAAUCUCGCCAUCAACCGCUUUACCCCUUACUUCUUUAGCACCAUCUUCGGCCCUUGAUACGCCUGAUACCACUACUGGGAUUCGUGCAACCCUCAUAAAGCCAUCUUUCUUUGUUCCUCCACCUCUAACCUCAGCACCCAUUACCGCAAGCGCUUCUAGUGCUCCUCCAGUUCCUUCUACAGCUCCUGUAAAACCUUCACAUGGCGCUCCAUUGCUUCAACCCUUUCCUCCUGCAAAUCCUCCACUUUCGCUUGCCCCAUCUGUGCAGUACAAUGUACCAAUAACCAGGGAUGGAGUUCGAGAAGCACUUAAUCGCCUGGUCAAGAGCGAGCAAUUCAUAGACAUGGUGUACCGAGAGAUGAUGCAUGCGCACAGUGUCUGAUGCAUUGGAAGUAUCGAGGCAUGAUAAGUUAAAAUCUGUGCUACAAAAGCUAUUGAUAUAAUCCAAACUGGCUGUGUCGACAUCGAGCACAAAGAUCCUGUGGAUAAAAUAUCUGAACGUUCAUCAAUUGAUGUAAGUGGAGCAAUCAAGGAUGGGGUAAAAGCAUUAAACCCCGCUAGCGGCAUGAUCGUCCUUCAGCACUGCAAAUAUGUUUUCUUGUUUUUUGUUCUUCUUAUUUCUUUCUAAUUUUGUUUUCUAUAAUCCUAUCCUCUCAUUUCUGGUUGCUCACCUGCUAGAUGCGAACAGACCCUUUUUCAUGUGGAUCAUGCUCUUCUAUUGUACAGAUAGGCAUCACGAAUUAGCUCGUUUCGGCACCUCUGUCAACAACGUACGGUUUUGUGGCACAUCGUAGAAUGGUAGUCAAACAUUAAAUGAGCUUCAGAGCAUUUAAAACGUAGUAAUUAUUUGUUAUCAAGUAAUGAAUGUCCAUUAUAAACUUGUUCUAUAAGUAACUUUCCUCCUUCGGUACAUGAGUAAAUUCAAGCGACGGAGUGAGUUCCGGUCUCAGUUUUGAUAUUUACAUAGUAAAGAUAGAAAUUGUUUUCUA